AUGACUUCACGACCACUCGCUCUCUCCCCGCCGAGAUCCAUGACUUUACUGCCUCCGGCCCUCGUUCAGUCCAGCCUGGGCGAGAAGUGUGCAGUCUAUUUCGACCAAGUCACCGACACUCUCCCUCUGCAUCUGCAGUCCCUCCGCCUCCGGCUGGACCCCAUUCUCACCUACCUGUCCUCCACCCCCCUCGGACCCCUCGCGCAAAAGGUCCCUCUCGCCGCGGACGACCAGCCUCUCGCGCUUCUCGGGGCUGUGAUCCUCUGCCUCUUUACCGUCGCCGUCAUGAGCUGGCGCAAUCCCCUCAACUUUCUGCGCCGCUCGCCGAGCUAUGCGCCCGCCUCCAACCCCCAGGUCAACGACGAGCAUUUCAGUUACAUCGGCCCGGGGGACAUCGAUCCCCCGGCGGACGAUGCGGAGCCGGAUAUCAUUGCGCUCCGCCACCGGGGCACCAUCUACCCAUUGCACUUCCGCGCAUAUGCCAUUGACGACGGCGCCUUGACCGUUGGCGAGCUGCGCCAGCAGGCUGCGAUUAAAACGGACGCCGAGUCCCCGGACCGCGUCCGACUGCUUUACAAGGGGAAAUUGUUGAAGGACAACCAGCGCACCUGCAAAGCCGAAGGGCUGAAGCAGCACUCUGAGGUGCUGUGCGUGGUGUCAGAAGUUGGGGCCAGUGACAUUUCCGACGACAGCGGCCCCCACGGUGCCACGGGCGUCCCUACCCCGACCUCCACCCAAUCCCGUCCCACCAGCGCCGAAGCCUCCUCCCCUCCCACCCCCACCGGCAAGAGCAAGAAAGGCCGGAAAAACAAGCGCAACAAGAAGACCGCGCCUGAACCUACGCCUGCGCCAGUAGACCUCUCCUCCAACCCGGCCCCGGUGCCCAACCUGAAGCUCCUCCGCACGCCGUUGGAGCAGGUCAGCGCCUUGAUGGGGUGGUUGCGACAGGAGAUGAUCCCGCGAUGUGACCAGUACGUCGCGGAGCCUCCCAGCGACCCGAAGAAGCGGGACUACGAAUAUAAGAAACUGAGCGAGACCAUUCUGGCGCAGGUGAUGCUGAAGGCGGAUGGGAUCGAGCCGGAUGGCGAUCAAGCGGCGCGGGAUGCGCGCCGAGCUUUGAUUAAGGAGGCGCAAGCGGCUCUGAACCAGCUCGAUUCCAUUUCCAAGCUGUAA